AUGAUGAUGCAACAUUGCAAACAAAUUUUAAGAAAAAUAAACUUUGGGAAUAGGCACCGAUUUAUAAAUACUAGUAAUGUUAAUUUAAAAAUAGUUAAAUGCAAGCUUUUUGAUAUUGGAGAAGGAAUAUCAGAAGUUGAAAUAACACAAUGGAAUAAACAAAUAGGGGAUGAAGUUUCUGAAAUGGAAAGUUUGCUAACUGUUCAAAGUGAUAAAGCUGCUGUAGAUAUAACUAGUAAAUAUAAUGGGACCCUUGUUAAAAAGUAUGCAAACGAUAAAGAUAUUAUAAAAAUAGGUUCUUAUUUUUGUGAAAUAGACACACAGGAUGAUGUAGGCGAAGAAGAAAACGUAGAAGAAAAAAGCAAAGCAGAAAAAAGUGAAGCAGAAAAAAGUGAAGCAGAAACUAGUUUUGAAAAAAAAGGGAAGCCAAGAAAUGUUAAGGCAUCUCCAGGCACGAAAAAAAAAUCACAAGAAUAUAAAUUAGAUAUCAAUAUGAUUGCAAAACAUUUUAAUAAAAAUAAUAUAACUAUUGAGGAUGUUGAAUUGUAUUAUAAGGAAAAUAAAAGUGGUGAAAUAAAUAAUAUAAAUGAAAAAAUGGACAUUUUGGAACAAGUACAAAUAAAAGGAAUCAAACUUGGAAUGUGUAAAAGUAUGAAUGAUUCGUUAACCAUUCCUUUAUUUCAUUUAAAUGAAGUGUAUAAUGUUGAAAAAAUUGUUAAAAUAAGAAAAGAAAUUAAAAGUAAAAUAAUAGAAAAUGAUAAUGGUAUAAAUAAUAUAACAAUUUCUAGUAUAUUGAUAAAAUUAAUAUCAAAUACUUUAAAAGAAUUUCCAAUAUUAAAUUCAAAAUUUAAUGCAAAAACCAAUACUUAUGUAGUUUAUAAUAAUCAUAAUAUAUGUGUAGCUAUGGAUACACCUCAUGGUUUAUUAGUACCAAAUAUAAAAAAUGUAGAAAAAAAAAGUAUAAUAGAUAUACAAAAAGAUUUAUCAAAUUUACGUAAUAAGGCUAUGGAAAUGAAGUUAUCUAAAGAUGAAAUUGAAAAUGGGACAAUAACAAUAAGCAAUUAUGGGGCUAUUGGUGGAACGUUUGCUACUCCUAUUAUAUUUGAUAAUCAAGGUUGUAUCAUUGGUAUAUCAAAGAUUCAAAAUAUGAUUUCUUUAAAAAGUGGAAUUGAUAAAAUAAACUCGUUGGAUGAUUUUGAAAUUGCCAAUAAUAUGAACUUAACAUAUGGGGCAGAUCACAGAUAUAUAGACGGGGCAACUUUAGCACAAUUUUCAAAAAAAUUAAAAAAUGUAAUUGAAAAUAUUGAUACAAUUGACCCAUUUUCAAUUUAA